AUGUACGGACCGGAUGGCAAAAAACUCAGCAACAAAGAGCGCAAACGCCUGCUCAAGGUUAAGUUAGCCGAAGAGCGAGAAGCGGCAUACGAAGCAUCCGCAUCCAAAGCUUCCAAGGAAGGGGCUCAAUUUGCUUGUUCACAAACUGCCGUCAACGAGAAGGACCCGCAAUGGGAAAACUCGCUGGACGUCAAUAUACCAAAUUUUAGUAUCAGUGCGGCCGGAAAAAUCCUCUUCAAGGAUGCCUCACUGACAAUUGGACAUGGUCGUCGGUACGGACUGGUUGGUCCCAAUGGACGCGGAAAAUCUACACUUUUGAAAAUGAUUCAUUCGCGCGAUCUCAAGCUCCCGCCUCGCAUUGACUUCUUGUACGUUGAGCAGGAAGUGGUCGCUGACGACACACCCGCAGUUGAAGCCGUUCUUAGAGCUGAUACGGUGCGCUGGAAUCUCAUGGAAGAAGAAAAGACUCUGAUGCAAGCCGUGGAUGCUGGUGACGAGUCGGUCGAGAAGAUUGAACGUCUGCAGCAAGUCGUGGACGAGUUGACCGCCAUGGGAGCAGAUUCGGCCGAAGCCAAAGCCCGUCGUAUCCUGUACGGUCUCGGGUUCACUAUGGACAUGCAAACAAAGCCGACCAAGAUGUUUAGUGGAGGGUGGCGCAUGCGUAUUUCGCUGGCACGUGCGUUGUUUGUUGAACCGACACUGCUCAUGUUGGACGAACCGACGAAUCACUUGGAUUUGAACGCCGUAAUCUGGCUCGACGAGUACCUGCAAAGAUGGAAAAAGACUUUGUUGGUGGUAUCCCACGACCAGGAUUUCUUAAACAGCGUUUGUCAGGAAAUGUUGCAUAUCGAGGACCUCAAACUAAUUUCUUACAAGGGUAAUUACGACAGUUUUAAAAAGGCCGAAGCGACCAAGUCGGGACAAUCCAAGAACAAGGCACAGGAAACUGUCAAGAAGAGCUCCAAGCGAGAAGCUGGUGCGCGGAGUCAAAAGUUGAAAAACCAGGCAAUUGCUGCGGGAACGGAAACGGCGGAACUAUCGGAGCUCAUUCAUCGGCCAAAGGAAUAUCAAGUCAAGUUCGAAUUUUCUGAGGUGAACGAGCUUACGCGCCCCGUGAUUGAAGUGAACAACGUGCAUUUCCGUUAUUCACCAAAGCAUCCCGUCAUCUUUGAAAAGGUCGACUUUGGAAUUGACAUGGACAGCCGAAUAACCAUUGUCGGCCCGAAUGGUGCCGGCAAAUCAACGUUGCUGAAAUUGUUGACGGGAGCGCUGAACGCGACGGGGGGCGACGUCCGUCGCAAUGGGCGCUUACGAAUGGGUAUUUACGAUCAGCAUUUUGUCGAUCGACUACCGAUGAAUAAAACACCAGUGGAACACUUGCGAGAUCGUUUCGAAGAAGAAACCUACCAAUCGGUACGCAAUCGUCUCGGAAAGUACGGCUUGGAGGGACACGCACACGAAGUCGUGAUGCGCGAUUUGAGUGGUGGCCAAAAGGCUCGAGUAGUUUUUGUCGAACUGAGUUUGCAGUGCCCGCAUGUGCUUCUGUUGGAUGAACCGACAAACAAUCUCGAUAUCGAAUCCAUUGACGCGUUGACCGACGCGAUCAACGCAUUCAACGGAGGAGUAGUCGUAGUUACACACGAUCAGCGAUUGAUUGAAGAAUGUGAAUGCACCUUGUGGGUUGUCGAAAAGCAAGGGGUCACGGAAUGGAAGGCUGGCUUUGACGAUUACAAGGAGAACAUUCUGCGUGAGUUGGAAGAAGAAGUAGAACGGGAGGCAGUGAUUCGGAGACAAAAGAUUGACGCUGCGGCUAUUGCUCGUGCCGAAAAGCUGGCCCGACUGGCAAGCAAAGUCAAAACCACGAAGAAGUAA